GUUCGGAUGUGAUGUAGCAACUGUUCAGACUUGUCGGAAGUUAUAACCGUGUAGCGAAGUGAACGCUAAUUAGCGAGUUAAACAGAAAACCUGUGAGAUUUUACUCCUUUUAUUGAACAAAUGGCUUAUCCAGGAUACGGCGGGGUGAGUGAAUGUUCCUAAAAUUGUGUAUUUAAAGCGGUUAAGUAGCUGAAGGAUUCACAGUUCGAGUGAAUUUCCGAUAACUUGUCACAAGAUGUUCUCUCCUCGACAGGUUUCUCCCACUUCUGCUUCUAAAUGUGGAGUUUAGUGACUUUUUGGGCUUUAUUUUUGUCUUAAGAGUCAUGUUAUAAAACUGUGAGGAAAAAGUCUUUCUGUGUUUGAUACGUGCUUUAACUUGUUCCUGAUUCUUUAAAAAUGGGCUUUAGCUGCUGUAUCUAAAGCGUAAAUAACCUAUUUUAAUAUUUACACAUGGUUUCAUAGACUUACCCGCUAUUAUUAUACUAUUUGAGACAUUACAGGCCAAUUGACUGUAAGAAGUCACAGCUGUUGAAACUUUAAUUAUUACGUGACCUGUGUGACCUGUGGACACACCUUACUUUAUUUAUAACCUUCUGACCUUCUCCCUGAAAAGAAAACACAUAAUAGGAGCUUUAUGGCAGCUCCUGCAUGACUGUAUUUGUCAGAUCACACUUUGAGUUUUCUCUUCUUCUCUUCUUCAAGUCUGAACACACUGAGGAAUGUUAAUACAUUUGAUUAUCUAAAGAGCCUCUUAAUCCAAACUGCCUGUCAUCUCCUCUCUCAUCUCCUCUCUCCUCAGUAUGGGGGUCCCAUGCCAGGCAUGCCAGCGCAAGGGAUGCCGCCCCAGGGAAUGCCAGGAGGACCCAUGGGAGGCCCCAUGCCCGGACACAUGGGAGGCGCCCCACCUCAAGGAGGCUAUGCCCCGUACGGAGGGGGCUUCCCGGGUGGCAUGCCCGGAUAUGGAGGCGCACCUCCAGCUGCAAACGAUCCAAUGUGGGGUUACUUCACCGCCAUAGCAGGCCAGGUAGGUGUAGAGUCAACUUUGUGAAGGAGAUCUCGUUGACUAUGAUACUGUCCAACCAGGAAGAGAAAAGGACCGUUACAUGACUCACCUUCUCUGUGUUGAAAUCUUGAUCUCGUAUAUUACACCCUAAAGCCUAAAUUACUGCAGAGGUGCUUUCACUUUCACAUUUCAAGUUCAGACUGAGUGCGACAUACUCACCUGAUUUCAGUCACAUCAUGGUGAAGAGAGUUUAGGUCUGAACUUGUUUGGAGAAGAGUGUGUAUUAGGUCUCUGUGUGAACUUGUUUUGCAUCUGUGGUCCCCAGUGUGAACAACAGUUUUCAGCCUUUGCCAGUUUGUAAUCAUACUUCCAUAUUUUACUCAGUUGUUCUGUUCUUGGGUCCAGAUUCACAAACGUACUAAAACAGGACCCUACAUGGACAUCUGAUCAGAAUUAGAAAUACUUUGAUUUCCUUGGGGGAGACUAAUUCAGGGUCAGAGUGAAGCAUUCAGGGUGUCAGUGCCUUGCUGUCAUGUUGCUUGUGUGUCCCUUUGGGCAGUUUAAGCUGUUAACGCUAAUGAAGUCUGUCAUUAGCAUAUCCUCUCCGCAAAACCAGUUAGUGUUUACGGUACGCUAAUGAGCUUACACACACAUGCAUAAGCUGAAAAAACUCCCCUGUUCGAACAGCCUGCAGCAGUAACACUCAAAAUAAAAAAGUUAUGUUUUAUUUUGUCUCUAAAUUGUUUUGUUUUUUUCUCAAUGAGAGUGACUAACUCUGUUUUUCUGCUCUGUCCAGGAUGGUGAGGUCGACGCCGAGGAGCUCCAGAGGUGUCUGACCCAGUCUGGUUUCACCGGCAGCUACACUCGUAAGUUCCCCUCCCUCUCCCCUCACAAAGAAAAUAUCUAACUCUUGAGUCACACCUCUCCUAAGAGUUAACUUACACAGGUAGUCGGGGGUUGAACUGUUUCAACGCACAUGCAUUUAAAGUGAAAAGAGAUCAUGGAAACUUUUGGAGUGGCUGAGUCUCGGAGGAUUUGUGAAACUGUCAUUGUGAAAGGCAGCGUUUGCAGAUGGCCACUUCGUUUUUCUUGUGAAGUGGUUUUGAACUUGACACUCUCAUGGGGGGGUUUCCUUUUAGGGGAAGGGGAAGUGGGCGAGGUCGUACAAACCAGUGAAAUACCUGCAGCGAUUGACCGACCAGUCUGUGUCAAUCAUCGUGAAAUGACGGAGAAAAGCUUCGAGUUUUGUUCGACAAAUUACAAACAUGGAAUUAAAGUGAAACUGCCUGGAACAUCAUACUUUGAUCAUUGUUUACCGUAUAUUUCGCACUAUAAGGCGGAUUUAAAAUCCUUUAAUUUUCUCAAAAAUCCUGAGUGCGCCUUAUGUAUGAAUUUUGGUUGUGCUUACUGACCUCGAACCGGUUUUAUGUGGUACACAGCGCUCAAAAAUCUGUCAAAAUGUUUUAUUACAACUUCGGUAAGAUACAAAGCCGCACAGCCUGAUGGCUUGUCGGAGCGCUGUAGCUACCGUCGCCUCGUGGAGUUAUUGAAUGAGUUCAAUAAAGUUUGACUUAUCUCACUGCUUUGUUUGGCUUAAUGAGCUUUAUAAUCCGGUACGAUUUAUGUAUGAAAAUAGAUGUGAAUAGAUGCGUUCAUUGAUGGUGCGCCUUAUAAUCAGAUGUGCCUUAUAACCCAAUGCGCUUUAUAAUCUGGUGCGAUUUAUGUUUGAAAAUCGAUGCGAACAGACACGUUCAUUGAUGGUGCGCUUUUUAAUCCGGUGCGCUUUAAAAUCUGAUGCGAUUUAUGUAUGAAAAUAGAUCGUAUAGACGCGUUCAUUGAUCGUGUGCUUUAUAAUCCGGUGCGCUUUAUAAUCUGGUGCGCCUUACAUAUGAAAAUAGACACAAAUAGAUGCGUUCAUUGAUGGUGCGCCUUUUAAUCAGGUGUGCUUUAUAAUCCAGUGCACUUUAUAAUCUGGUGCGACUUAUGUUUGAAAAUAGAAGCGAACCGACGCUUUUAUUGAUAGUUCGCUUUAUAAUCCGGUGCGCCUUAUGUAUGAAAAUAGACGCGUUCAUUGAUGCGUUCAUUGAUGGUGCACCUUAUAAUCUGGUGCGCUUUUUAAUCCGGUGCGCUUUUUAAUCCGGUGCGCUUACGUACGAAAAUAGAAUCUGGUGUGCCUUAUAAUCUGGUGCACUUUAUGUAUGAAAAUAGACGCGAAUACAUGCGUUCAUUGAUGGUGCGCUUUUAAAUCCAGUGCGCCUCAUAGUGCGAAAAACACGGUAUUGAUUCUUCACCUGGCUGUCAUAGCAACCUUCCUGUGUCACUCACUCACUCAGCCUGUCGGGUAAAAACUCUAACUGCUGGGUUAAUGCCUCAAGAUACAGGAGCAGGUUGAGCAGCACCAGGUCCUCCACCAUCCUUACUUUUCACUCGAUUCGUGACUCAAAGACACGGCUGCAUCCGGCUGGAUUUGAUAUUUAACAUGUUUGUUGUCCUCACAGCCUUCAGCCUGGAGACGUGCAGGAUCAUGAUCGCGAUGCUGGACGUAUCCUUUCUGUCACACCGUGAGCUUGAGUCACUCAGAGCUGGCUGACUCACUCUCUCCAACUCUCCAUUCAGUGAGAUUUGUUUACAGUAGGUGUGGUUUCACUCUAAACCAGCUGAGCAGGCUUUCGCUCACACUGCAUGGACGCUGGUCAGCGGUUGUUAAACCUUAACCAGGCCUCCACUAGAGGGACUUCACAGGGAAGAUGGGAUUCAACGAGUUCAAGGACCUUUUCCAGGCCCUGAACGGGUGGAAGCAGAACUUCAUGAUGUUUGACCGGGACCGAAGCGGGACUGUGGAGCCUCACGAGAUGAAUCAGGCUGUCAACGCGAUGGGUGAGACAGAGAUGCUUUUGAAAGCCUGAUGAUCGUAUUUCACUGAAUAUUUGACCGGAGAAGUUUAACCGGGUGACCUUUCCUCCCCAGGUUACCGCGUCAGUCCCCAGGUUCUCAACACCAUCGUGAAACGCUACAGCAAAGGAGGCAGGAUCUUCUUCGACGACUACGUGGCCUGCUGUGUCAAACUGAGAGCUCUCACAGGUAGAUUCAGGCAGACACAAACUGAAAUUCCACCUGAACAAAGAAAACAUGAUUGUUGGUUCUGCUGGUUUCUGUUGUGGGGUAAGCUUUAUUGGCUUUUUCCGUUCUAGACAACUUCAGACGGAGAGACACCAUGGGUCAGGGAGCCGUCACUUUCCAGUAUGAUGAUGUAAGUCCUGUUUUCUCCUCUGACUUUAGCGCCUGUGUCCACUGAUGGUUAGGUUGUCUUGAAUUUGAUUGUCUACAGUCCCAGCGUGCUGCUAAUCCGCCUGAUUUGGAGCUCUUUCACUCGCCCUGUGGUUUUGAAAGUCUGCUUCCUGUUUAGACCACUUGUCAGUUGACGCUCUCCCUCCCCUCCCUCUUUAUCUCCUGCGAACAGUUCAUCAUGUGCACGAUGGCGAUCUAAAGAGCUGCUGCGUGCCCCACACCACAAGGUCAGGGUGUCAAACGAACCAAUCAGAGGUGGAUUCUGGACCACCUCACAGGAAUGCAAAGGGAGGCCAGUAUGUUGGACUGAGCCGCUCUGAGCUGCUGUAGGAAAGUACCCGGCGCUUGUAAUGCUUAAUGUAAUGCUUUAGUGUUGCUGAAGAUGUAUCAGGUGUACACACACUUACUAAUAUAGAAACGCAUCAUGUAUCCAACCCGGAGGACAUUUUUGUGCAUUUCGGGGACUUUAAAGACCUGAUGAGCUCAAUUUCUGCUUUCAAAAUAAAAUUCAGGGAUAGAAUUAGAGUCAGAAACAUUCAAACAAAAUCUGUAAACACGUAAAAAACUACACACGGGGGCUUUAACAGGGAGGGUUGUGGAUUUCAUUUGCUAGAUUGAAUCAAACGUCCAGCAUGUGUUGAAUUGAUAAUCAAAGAAUCAUAAAACCAGUGAUACACCUCUGUGCCAUUAUAGUCUCUGAAUGUAUUGUCUAAUAUAUUAAAAACAUACAAUCAGGUCCUCAAAUUUUGGGACAUCUGCACACGUCUCAUCUUUCUGACUGUAAACACCACCACGAUGGAUUUAUACUGAAACAAACAAGAUGUGCUUUGACUGCAGACAUGUUUCAAAUCUCCUGUGGUGGUGUUUACAGCCAGAAAGAGGAGUAUUGUGCUGGCGUCCCAAUAUUUCUAGACCUGACUGUAUAACUAUAUAACCAUGUAUGAGUAAACAUCAUAAUAUUCUUGUACACUGAAUCUCAUACAAUCAUAAUGUUGUUAAAGCCAGUACUUUUUCUCAUGUGCAUUAUUUGUAACGGUGAUUUUUAUUUUUUUGCACCCAUUUUUAUAAACCUUGUAUUGAGCCUGAUUCUAGAUCAUUACAGACACAUAUUAGUUUGAUGUUUAACAUGCUAACACACCAAAGUAACUGUGAGCGGAUAUAAAACCACACUGAUACCUGUUAUUAAUAUGUUCAUAUUUUCAUUUAAAAACAGCUGGUUUUGCACUUUUAGGAUUUUAGUGAAUUCCACCUCUUCAUAUAACCGAUGUUGUAGUACAGAUCAUAUUUUGUUACUCACAAUAAACACUUUUUUAAACCAGAAU